AAGGAUGCAUCCCGAAAUGGAGAGCCAGGGCCUGCAAUGUCGCAUCUGCUGGCUGCAGCCGAAGGACGAGUCCCUCAUGCCCACAGAGCCGGAUUUCCCGGACCAAGUCAAACGCUGCACGGGGGUUGAGCUGAGUCAGAGUCCCAACGGUUCCAAUCGUAUUUGCACCAGCUGCGCCCUGCUCCUCAGAGCGGCGCUCAAGCUGAGAUCCCUCUGCCAGGAGGCGGAGAAGAAGCUGCAGGAGCUGGAGAAGGAGGAGCAGGCUCUGGCGGAGAAGAAAAUGAAAGAGCUGCUGGAGAACAAUCUCCAAGAGCAGGCGGAGGAACUGCAGGAGUUUCACAUACAGAUUGUUCCCGAUGAGCAGGAAAGUGCCUCCAAAGAUCUGUCCAACAAGGAGCCUGCUGUCAGCGAUAGCGAGGUGGAGUACGAGUACCUGGAGUCCUACGACGUGACGCUGGAGAGCAACGACGAAGCGGCCUGUAGUGCCGAUGAAAUGGUUAGCAUAGAGCCGGUUAACUCUGCGCCCGAGGAAUCGGUCUGUUCACUGAGUCCCAAAGCGGUGGCAGCAGGGGAAGAUGACUCCGGCCAGGAUCCCUCCCUCGCCUGCAACAGAUGCCACAAAGUCUUCUCAGAGCUGGUCAAGCUAAACAACCACAUGAAAGUCCACCUUACAGAGAAACCUCACGAGUGCGAGAUAUGCCAUAAGCGCUUCCGGCAGACUCCACAGCUGACGAGGCACAUGAACACGCACACCGGCAAUCGACCAUACAAAUGUGAUUACUGCGAGUCCAGGUUCGCAGAUCCCUCCACGCGCAUAAAGCAUCAGAGGAUACACACCAAUGAACGGCCGUACAAAUGCAAGUUCUGCAGCAAGUCCUUCGCCUACUCCAACGUGCUCAGGGUCCAUCUGAAGACCCACACGGGGGAGCGACCCUUUAGUUGCCAGUUCUGCCAGAAGACCUUCUCUCAGCAGCAUCACAAAAACGCCCAUGAAAAAUCGCACAAGCGCACGAAAGAAGGGAAAAUGUGGGAGUGACGUUUGCGAAAUAUUAAGUACAAAUAAAUCUACAUUUUCCUGGCUUUUAAGAGGUUAUAUAACUUUUCUGAUAACCAGAAAUACAUUAUAAGUAAAGUGUAAGUAAAAUAAAACCAUUGCAUACUUAUUAAGACAAAAAUUGUACUCUAUUUUAUUGUUAACGUAAUAUUUUAAGUAGUUAAGAAUGUACUAUAUACACGAACGAUUACACCAUUUCACUAAUCAACGCGUGAACUCAUUUUCCAAAUGUAAA